UGAAUAUCAAGGGGUUCGAAACAUCACUAUUCUUGCACUAAUUCUCUUCUUUCCCUAGCUAUAAAUUUGCUUCUUCUUGAGCUGCAAAGCAACCAAACACACAGUUGUACCAUUUCAAAGUCUAGUUAACCAGCAUUUUAGUUAAGCGAAAGCCUUUUCAACCACAUUGAAUGGGGCUUUGUUCACACCUGAGUUCCGCUCCACCAUCUUCAUCUUUUUCCAUGCACACAUUUAUUCUUCUCUGGUGCUUUGGCUUGUUCCUCACCUCUGUGGUUGGCGGGAAUAAUGAGACAGACCGGUUGGCAUUGCUCGACUUCAAAGCCAAGAUUAGUAAAGAUCCUCUCGGGGUCAUGAGCUCUUGGAAUGAUAGCAUCCAUUUUUGCCAAUGGAAAGGUGUUUCCUGUGGUCGUCGACAUCAAAGGGUCACUGCGUUGGACCUGCACUCUCAAAAACUGGUAGGCUCUAUAUCCCCGAAUGUUGGAAAUUUAAGUUUUUUGUGGAAGCUAAACCUUGAAAACAAUAGCUUUUAUAAUGAAAUUCCUCCAGAAAUUGGCCGUUUGCACAGACUAGAAAUCUUGCUAUUGAACAAUAACACAAUAAGUGGAACAAUUCCUUGCAAUUUAUCCAGUUGUGCCAAACUCAGCUUGUUUCAUUUAGCUGGUAAUAAUCUGGUUGGAGAAAUCCCCACAGAGCUUGGCACCUUGUCAAAGCUCCGAAUCUUUGCUAUUCAUAAAAAUGUUUUGACGGGAAUUAUCCCACAUUCUUUUGGAAACUUAUCAUCUCUAGAAGGUUUUUGUGCAGCUUAUAAUAACCUGGGUGGGAGUAUCCCUGAUUCUUUUGGCCAAUUGACCAAACUUAAAAUCUUUGCUGUGGGUUCAAAUAGGUUGUCUGGUACAAUUCCUCCCUUAUUCUUCAAUAUCUCUUCAAUAACAAAGAUUGAUGUAGCAGUUAACCAAAUCCAAGGGCAUCUUCCAUCGGACAUAGCUAUCACUCUACCAAAUUUAGAAACAUUUACCAUAAGCAACAACCAGUUUAUUGGAUCUAUCCCUAUUUCAAUAUCUAGUGCCUUGAAUUUACAUGUACUAAAUUUGGCCGAGAAUAAACUAACUGGAAAAGUUCCUUCUUUAGAGAAGCUAAAUAGAGUGAGGUGGUUUUCCAUUGCUGAAAACCAGCUUGGAAAUGGAGGAGCAAAUGACUUGAGUUUUCUUUGUUCUUUGUCAAAUGCUACCAACCUAAGUGAUUUGGAGAUAAAUACCAACAACUUUGGGGGGGAGUUGCCUAAAUGUAUUGGCAACAUCUCAACCAGUCUGACCUUUUUCUAUUUGAAUAAUAAUAAAAUAUCUGGAAAUAUUCCUGGUGUUAUAGGGAAUCUGAUCAACCUGGAGGAUAUAGAAAUGUGGAACAAUAAGUUUUCAGGUAACAUCCCCUUUAUACUUGGAAACCUUCAGAAAUUACAAUUUUUGGAUGUAUCCCAAAAUAAUUUCAUUGGGAACAUUCCAUACUCUCUUGGAAAUUUAACAAAUUUGUUGGAGUUGUAUUUAGGAGACAAUAAUCUUCAGGGAAGCAUCCCUUCCAGUCUAAGUCAAUGCCAAAAUUUGAUGACGUUUCAUCUUCCCCGUAACAAUCUUAGUGGUAUCAUAUCCUCGCAAGUUAUUGGUCUCUCAUUUUCACCAAAUAGCCUUGACUUGUCUGGCAACCAAUUUACUGGUGUCCUUCCCAUGGGAAUAGGAAAUUUGAAAAAUUUAGAACAUUUGGAUAUUUCUGAAAAUAAGUUGUCUGGUAAAAUACCGGCAAGUCUUGCAAGUUGUGUAAAGCUAGAAUUUCUAGCCAUGAGAAAAAACUUUUUCCAAGGGGUUGUUCCUUCAUCUUGGGAAUCAUUAAGAGGUCUUGAACAUUUAGACUUUUCUAACAAUAAUUUUUCUGGCAUGAUCCCAAAAUUUUUGGAGAGCUUUGAUUUCUUACAAUUAUUGAAUCUAUCAUACAACCAUUUCGAGGGUGAGGUACCAACAACUGGAGUAUUUAAGAACGCAAGUGCAACUUCAAUUCAAGGAAAUGGUGAGCUCUGUGGUGGCGUACCAAAGUUUCAGCUUCCUAAAUGCAAAUACAACAAAUCAAAAAAGAAGUUGACUCUUAUUGUGAAAUUAAUAAUCGCUAUACUUUCUGGGCUUUUUGGAGUAACUUUGAUUCUAUUGCUUCUACUUAUUUGCUCUUUAAGAAAAAAAAGGAAGAAAAAUACCUCAAUUGAUUCAGUAAAUUUCCUAUUGAAUGUAUCUUACCAAAGUCUCCUAAAUGCUACCAAUGGAUUCUCUUCAGUUAAUUUAAUUGGUAAGGGUAGCUUUGGGACCGUGUAUAAAGGAAUUCUCGACCAAAGCGGACAUAUGGUAGCUAUUAAGGUGCUUAACCUCUCACGCCGCGGAGCUUUCAAAAGUUUCAUGGCCGAGUGUGAGGCUCUAAGAAACAUCAAACAUCGAAAUCUUGUAAAGGUACUCACAGCAUGUUCAGGUAUUGACUACCAAGGUAAUGAUUUUAAAGCUUUGGUAUAUGAGUUCUUGGGAAAUGGCAAUCUAGAUGAGUGGUUGCAUCCAAGUCCAAGAAAAAAUGAGGCUAUUGAGGAACCGAGGAAGUUAAGUAUUCUUCAAAGAUUGAAUAUCGCCAUUGAUGUUGCGAGUGCAUUGGAUUAUCUUCAUCAUCGUUGUGAAACACCAAUUGUUCAUUGUGACCUCAAGCCCAGUAAUGUUCUUCUCAAUGAUGACCUGGUUGGACAUGUAGGCGACUUCGGCUUAGCAAGAUUCCUUCGUGAUGUUUUCCAAGAUUGUUCUAUUAAUCAAUCAAGCUCCAUUGGGGUUAGAGGAACAGUUGGUUAUACUCCUCCAGAGUAUGGUAUGGGAAAUGAAGUGUCACUAUAUGGUGACAUCUAUAGUUAUGGCAUACUAUUGUUAGAGAUGUUCACAGGAAAGAGACCUACUAAUAACAUUUUUCAAGAUAAUUUAAACCUUCAUGACUUUGUCAAAGCAGCUUUGUCAGAACAAAAAAUUGACAUUAUAGAUCCUAAUCUUCUUUGGGAAUGGCAAGAGGAAGAGACGAGGAGGAUAAACAACACUCGAAAUGAGGAUCAAAAUGGAAGUUCCAAAAUUCAAGAAUGCUUGAUUUUGAUACUUGGAAUUGGAGUUGCUUGUUCUAUAGAAUUUCCAAGAGAAAGGAUGAACAUCAGUAUUGCUGUAGUUGAGCUUCAUAAAAUUCGAGAAAGCAUUCUUAAAACUAGUAUUCAAAGACAACGAGUUUGUGCUACAGGUGCAUAAGGUUGAUGACUUAUUAUGAAGGUAGCCAGCAUAGUUUGUCAAGUUUAUUGGAGCAAAUAAUUUGUGUAAUUCAGCAAUCAUGUCUUCAAUGUACUAUUUUCGUUAAUUCAACAAUCAUAUUUCUGGCUUGGCUUAAAGAUCUGAUGUAUUUUUUCUCUGUGGUUUCAAUAAAAAGGCUUAGUAUUUAGAUGCCUAAGAAAUUUAGAUCUGCCUCUAUUUGAAGAUUUUCA